CUGUCAGGCUGUCCUGUCAGGACAUGCAGGCUGUGUCCGGUUAAAUUCCCUGGAGGGAAUUUAAGGUGUGGAGAAAGGCCGUUCAGCUGUGCUGUGCUGCCUCAGGGAAGGAAGGGCGAGAUCCUCUCUCCAAGUGAUGGAAAGAUGCUGGGUGCUGAUGUCCAUGGGGCGCUUGGGAUGUCAGUCUCAGCUUUUCGUUAAAGCAUCAUAAGCAUCAUGCUUGUGCCAGACCUUUGAUUCAGAGCCCUUAAGCUAUAAAGGUUGCAGAAAUUAUGAGUUAACCUUUCUGCCAUUGGUUUUUUUUUUUUGUUUGUUUGUUUUCCUUUUCAAGCAAAGAUGCUUGUCAAAGUGACCCUAAGGGUUGUCUGAUCAACAUUCAUGCAGUCCCCAUGCCAUGGGAAUGUACACAUGCAUAGUUAAUUAGGAAUAGCAAUUCAAUAUGGAGGAGGGCAGUGUGUGGAAGGUAUAUCCUGACACUGCCUGUUGUGUCUUGCUCAAACAGAUGACAGUGCCUAAAAGAAGGGGACUUGAUUCUUGCCCACUUUUUGCCUUUGGGUAAUGGGUUGAAGACAGGGGACUCCUAUUUGCUUGACAAUGCUCCUGAUUUCAUUGCUGAACUGUUAAAAGUCAAAUUGUUUUCUUGUGGUUUAUCCAUGCCCAGCUGUCAGCAUUUUCUGAACCUGGGUGCUGAAAGUGCAGUUGUUUCAUUUCCCCUUUUAAGAUUCUUUGUGCUGCAGUGUUUGCUUUUCAGAUGCAGAGCAGGGAUGUGUGCUUGUAAGAACACCAACAUUUUCAAUUUUUUUUUCCCUUGGAAGAAAUGUGAUGUCUGUGGUUUUCUGUCUUCCCCCAGCCAUUUCCGGGCAGCCUGAGAUUGCAAGAUUGCAGUUUGGCCCAACAGGAGAGACUUUAAGGUCCCAAUCCUGCAGUCCAAGGAGCGUGAUCUGGAAGUGGGGCGUGCCUGGUUCGUGCAGUGGCAAAUGCGAGGCAGGCAGACACAGCCCACAGGAGUUGAACCCCGGCGUCUCUGGCUGUAAAACAGCAGCUCAGCACUGGUUGCUAAAUGGCCUCAGGUAUGGAUGGGAAGAAAUGCAGCGUGUGGAUGUUUUUACCUCUUGUCUUUACCCUGUUUACAUCAGCUGGAUUAUGGAUAGUGUACUUUAUAGCAGUGGAAGAUAACAAAAUUCUCCCACUAAGUGUACCAGAUAGGAAACCUAGUCCGAAAAGACCGCCUUAUAUAAGUAUUGCAGGUGAUGCACCUCCUGCAAGUUGUGUGUUUAGCCAAGUCAUGAACAUGGCAGCAUUUCUAGCGCUUGUUGUGGCUGUCCUGCGCUUCAUUCAGCUGAAGCCAAAGGUGCUGACGCCUUGGCUGAACAUCAGCGGCUUGGUGGCUCUGUGCUUGGCCUCUUUUGGGAUGACCUUACUCGGCAACUUUCAGCUUUCCAAUGAUGAGGAAAUCCACAACGUGGGCACGUCGCUGACCUUUGGCUUUGGGACACUGGCGUGCUGGAUCCAAGCUGCCCUUACCCUCAAGAUCAACCUGAAGAAUGAGGGGCGGAAAGCUGGGAUUCCACGAGUGGCUCUCUCAGCCAGCAUCACCCUCUGUGUGGUGCUCUAUUUCAUCCUUAUGGCCCAGGGCAUUCACAUGCAUGCUUCCAGGAUCCAGUGGGGCCUAGUGAUGUGCUUCCUGUGCUACUUUGGCACCUUUGCAGUGGAGUUCAGGCAUUACAGAUUUGAGAUAAUUUGUUCUGAGUACCAGGAAAACUUUCUAAGCUUUUCCGAAAGCUUAUCAGAAACCUCCGAGUACCAGACAGAUCAGGUGUAGCCUGUCCUCUGGCAGGUGGGGAGGGGGGCAGGUGUGGUCUCAUGGGUGAAACAUGACCUCAUUUACACUUUUUUUAUGAGUUUGUUUUCAUGUGCAAUCAUGAUGGUAUUGCCAAAGGGUUCUGAGGGUGAUUGUCUCACUAAGAGCCAAACAAACAGAGGUGUCUGCUGGAAGAGGAGUGGAUCCAUCUCAGCAGCAGCGUGAGAGAGCACAAGGUGCUUAGUUUGUGCCACCAGAGUGGCUCUGUCACACUCAUGUUGCUCAAAACAUUCAGCAGCCUUGCAAUGCCCCUCUGAGGCCGGUCCUGCUCAGCCUGCCAGAAGAGGAGGUGGAGGAAGCAGACUUCUCGUAACAGCAGGAGUCUUCAGGAGUCACCUGUUCCCGAGUCACCAGACUGUGUUUUCCAUGUGUUUCUCGGCUUGUUUUCUUUGCUGCCAACUGGGGAAUUUGGUAGGGGGAGCAAGAGCAGCUGUUUCUUCAGAACCUGGAGUCAGACACAGAAGACCCCAGUGGACUGGCUUUUAUGGCAAGCAGGCAGGCCUUUCUUCCAGCCUGGAAAGCAGCUGAUGGUAAAUCUGGAUUUGGAAGGAACUGUGCUGUGAUCAGGAAGUGAGACUUAGCUGAUGCUGCCUUGUAGCCAGGCAGAUUAUCCCCAGGCCAGAGGGGGUGACACAGUGGGAUGCUGUGCUUGGCUUCCUGGUGGGCACUGGUAGGAGUGAGAUGCUGAAUUAAGAUGAGAACGUCUGUGUCCUCUGAAGACGACCCAGAAAAGGCUGCUUUUUCCAUGUGUAGUGCUUCCACCACACAUUGUGUAUAGUACUUCAAAAGCUUUUUAAUUUUUUUUUUAUGUUCACUGAAGGGGGAAACAUUGUGUUAGAGACACCAGGCUUGUCUGCCAUGAGAACAGUAUCAGUGUUUCUGGACACAGGGUUUGGUUUUGCUCCUUGUACAAGCCAAACAUCAGACAUGCUGGUGUGGGCUCUGGGCCCCUCUGUGUGGCCAGGCCUGAUGUCCUGAGUGGAGCCUGCCACAGGUUUAAAUGGGCUUCCAAGGUGCCAAGAGGGAGUUCUGGCAUGGAGGCUGGCUGACCUGCCUGAGGGCUGGAGGUGCGAGAAGGGAACAGCCAAACCAGAAGGGCUGCUCCCUCCCUAAAGGGAACAGGUUGUCAAACAAGGUCUGUUUUCGGAGAACAAGAAGCUCAAAGCCCAAUUUUAGGAAGGCUGCUGUAUUGCCUGGGUAGGGGAGUGAUGGGAGUUGCUUCUCAUGAACAUGGCUCCUAUUUUCCUCCAUAAAUCAAACUCAGAUUAAUUUUACAUCUUGUCUGAGCUGCAGGAGAACAAGCAGAAAUUAAAAUGGUAGGAAAAGGCACUUGUAGGGGAAUUUGUAGUGCUCUGUUUGUAGUAGCAUUUCUGACAGUGAGGGAAAAGGCAGAAGGGCAUUCAGUCUUGUGCAAAGGUCACAGGCCUCUUCUGAGAGGAGAAACAGUUGAGACAAACUGUGUUAGGUAGAAAGCUUUCAGCCAGCCCUUUAUUUCCUGUGCACCAAAACUUCUUCUCAGGCAGCUGUUACAAAUCCAGAGCAUUUUUGCCCAACAAGAGAGUUGCUGUGGAUUGCUGAAGGCUUCCUCCUUGUAGCAGUGUCAUGAGUGGAAAGCUUUCCCAGAAGGAUGAGCUGAGAGUGGCCAAGGACACAGCAGUGUGAGGUGCCAGCUCCCUAGAGGCUCAUCCUGGGAGCUCCUCCUGGGGAGGGACAGGACAGGACCAACUGGAGAACAUGCAGGUGGAGAUCCUCUUGCACUGACACACACUCAAUCCAUAUGGAGCACAAAAUAGCUAUUUGUUGUAAGGGCAUUUUACUGUAAAUAGUCCACUGUGUCUUUUUUCACCUAAUUGAUUAAUUAAUACUUUCAGUUUAUUAUUUUAGCUUUUGUAAUUUUAUCAAAGGAAAAAAAAAAGAUUAUGUGUUUUUUUUUUCCUUUUGCUCCCUUUCCUAUAUGCAAUCCAAACUGAACUUCAGGUUUUUAGUGAUAAUUCUGUACAUUUCUCAGAGUAUUUCUAACAGCACAUUUCAGUACAACUAAAUGACAACUGAGGUACACUAAAACAUGACCACUAAAUAAAGUGCUUUUAUGGAGAAA